AUGUCACAAACUGUUCUGAGUAAAAAGGAGAAAGAGAAAAUAAUCUACCGACUCUUGGUACAAGCUCCUCCAGGAGAAUUUGUAAAUGCCUUUGAUGAUCUCUGUCUACUGAUCCGUGAUGAAAAACUUAUGAAUCAUCAAGGUGAGCGUGCAGGACAUCAACACUGCAAAAAAUAUUCUGUACCACUUUGCAUUGAUGGCAAUCCAGUACUCCUGUCUCACCAUAAUGUAGUGGGGGACAACCGAUUCUUCGAUCACCAAAGCAAACUUUCUUUCAAAUUUGACUUGCUUCAAAACCAACUAAAGGACAUUCAAAGUCAUGGUAUAAUCCAGAAUGAGACAGAAUAUCUCAGAACUGCUGUGCUGUGUGCUUUAAAGCUGUACGUGAACGACCACUACCCAGCAGGAAACUGCAAUGUACUAAGAAAAAAUGUGAAAGGGAGGGAGUUCUUGAUAGCCUGCAUUGAAGAUCACAGCUACGAAUCAGGAAAUUGCUGGAAUGGCCUUUGGAAAUCAAAAUGGAUUUUCCAGAUCAAUCCAUUUCUAACCCAAGUAACUGGAAGAAUUUUUGUGCAAGCCCACUUCUUCAAAUUUGUCAACCUUCAUAUUGAAAUCUCCAAAGACCUGAAAGAAAGUCUGGAGGUAGUUAACCAAGCUCAACUGGCUCUGAGUUUUGCGAGGCUGGUGGAAGAGCAAGAGAAUAAAUUUCAAGCAGCAGUCUUAGAAGAAUUGCAGGACUUGUCAAAUGAAGCUCUGAGGAAAAUUCUACGAAGGGAUCUUCCAGUGACCCGCACUCAUAUCGACUGGCAAAGGAUUCUCUCAGACUUGAAUCUGGUGAUGUAUCCUAAACUAGGAUAUGUCAUCUAUUCAAGAAGUGUGCUUUGCAACUGGAUAAUAUAA